AUGGGGCUCAGCCACCCAGUCCCUGUACCUUACCAGACCCUCUGCCCUACGGGACCGCCAGCCCCCACGGCCCCCAGCCCAACAGCCCCUGAGUCCUACAGGACCCCCGGCCCCACGGGACCCCCGGAUCGCCCCUCCCCGGCCCCAUGGGACCCCCGGAUCGCCCCUCCCCGGCCCCACGGGACCCCUGGCCCCACAGAUCGCCCCUCCCCGGCCCCACGGGACCCCCGGAUCGCCCCUCCCCGGCACCACGGGACCCCCAGAUCGCCCCUCCCCGGCACCACGGGACCCCCUGCCCCACGGAUCGCCCUCCCGGCCCCACGGAUCGCCCCCCACGAGACCCCUGCCCACGGAUCGCUCGCCGGCCCCACGGGACCCUAUCUCCCCCGGCCACCCCCACGAGGACCGCGGCCCCACGGAUCGCCCCCCACGGGACCCCCAUAUCCCCCCCCCCGGCCCCACGAGACCCCGGCCCCACGGAUCGCCCUCCCCGGCACCACGGGACCCCAGAUCGCCCCUCCCCGGCCCCACGGGACCCCCUGCCCCACGGAUCGCCCCUCCCCGGCACCACGGGACCCCCAGAUCGCCCCUCCCCGGCCCCACGGGACCCCCUGCCCCACGGAUCGCCCCUCCCCGGCCCCACGGAUCGCCCCCCACGAGACCCCCUGCCCCACGGAUCGCCCCUCCCCGGCCCCACGGGACCCCCAUAUCUCCCCCACCGGCCCCACGAGACCGCCGGCCCCACGGAUCGCCCCCCACGGGACCCCCAUAUCUCCCCCCCCCCGGCCCCACGAGACCCCCGGCCCCACGGAUCGCCCCUCCCCGGCACCACGGGACCCCCAGAUCGCCCCUCCCCGGCCCCACGGGACCCCCUGCCCCACGGAUCGCCCCUCCCCGGCACCACGGGACCCCCAGAUCGCCCCUCCCCGGCCCCACGGGACCCCCUGCCCCACGGAUCGCCCCUCCCCGGCCCCACGGAUCGCCCCCCACGAGACCCCCUGCCCCACGGAUCGCCCCUCCCCGGCCCCACGGGACCCCCAUAUCUCCCCCACCGGCCCCACGAGACCGCCGGCCCCACGGAUCGCCCCCCACGGGACCCCCAUAUCUCCCCCCCGGCCCCACGAGACCACCCGGCCCACGGAUCGCCCUCCCGGCCACCACGGGACCCAGAUCGCCCCUCCCGGCCCCACGGGCCCCUGCCCACGGAUCGCCCCUCCGGCACCACGGGACCCAGAUCGCCCCUCCCGGCCCACGGGACCCUGCCCCACGGAUCGCCCUCCCCGGCCCCACGGAUCGCCCCACGAGACCCCCUGCCCACGGAUCGCCCCUCCCCGGCCCCACGGGACCCCCAUAUCUCCCCCACCGGCCCCACGAGACCCCCGGCCCCACGGAUCGCCCCCCACGGGACCCCCGGCCCCACGGAUCGCCCCACUCACCGCGGCGCCGCUCCCCGUCUGUCCCUUCGGCUGCUCAGCCCCAUGCCCAGCCCCGCCCCCCGCCACUCGCCUCCAUUGGCCGCCGCUGGCCCCGCCCCUCUCGCCGCCCAUUGGCCGUCCGGCAGCUCGGCGGCUCCCAUUGGCCGGCCGGGCCCCGCGCAUGCAGGCGGCCGCGUGA